AACACUUGAAGGAAUAAUUAAUCUCCAUCCUCUCUCUUUCUCUCUUCCAUAUCUCUUCCAUUAAUGCAUGGCAUAUAUAUAUAUAUAUAUAUAUAUAUAUGAGAAGAUGAACAAGCUUGGCAUCAAAAUUUGAAGAUGGUGAAGACUUCACAAAAGAGGUCAAUGAUCAUCACAUGUUGUUUUAGCAAACAAGAAGAAGAGAUCAACCUCAAAACAGCAAAGCCCAAACUCGGGAUAACCAAAUCCUCUUUUCGUAGGUUGUCAUUCUCCGAUAUUAGUAACUCCACAUCCCCUGAAGACUUAUCUUUAUCUUUAGUCGGCUCCAAUCUCUAUGUCUUCACUUUGCAUGAGCUAAAACUCGCUACUCAAAGCUUCUCUACAGCUAACUUCCUCGGCGAAGGCGGCUUCGGUCCCGUCUUCAAAGGCUUUGUCGAUGAAAAAGUUCGGCCGGGUCUCAAAGCUCAGACUGUCGCCGUCAAAGUCUUAGACUUAGACGGCGCUCAGGGACACAAAGAAUGGCUUGCUGAGGUGAUAUUUUUGGGACAGUUGAGGCAUCCACAUCUUGUGAAGUUGAUUGGUUAUUGUUGUGAAGAUGAACAAAGGUUGCUUGUUUAUGAGUUCAUGGCUAAAGGGAGCUUGGAGAACCAUCUCUUCAAAAGGUUUUUUGUAAGUUUGCCAUGGGCAACAAGGUUGAAGAUUGCAGUGGGAGCUGCCAAAGGACUUGCAUUUCUCCAUGAAACUGAGAAGCCUGUCAUUUAUAGAGAUUUCAAAGCUUCAAAUAUUUUACUAGAUUCGGAAUAUAAAGCAAAGCUUUCAGAUUUUGGGCUUGCAAAAGAUGGGCCGGAAGGAGAUGAGACUCAUGUUUCCACACGUGUGAUGGGAACCCAAGGUUAUGCUGCACCAGAAUAUAUAAUGACUGGUCAUCUUACUACAAAAAGCGAUGUUUAUAGUUUUGGGGUAGUUUUAAUGGAACUACUAACCGGAAGAAAAUCAACAGAUAAAACUCGACCAGCCAAAGAACAAAACUUAGUUGAAUUUGGUCGACCUUAUUUAAAAGACGAGCGAAAACUAACCCGAAUAAUGGACCCAAGCAUGGAUGGUCAGUACUCAACAAGGAUUGCAAUGAAGGUGGCAUCAAUAGCAUACCAGUGCCUGAGCCAGAGUCCUAAAUCAAGGCCUCAAAUGUCAGCUAUUGUUGAUGCAUUGGAGCCAUUGGAAAAACUUGAAGACAUUAACAAUGAGCCUUUUGUUUAUACAAUUACUAGUACCACUAUUACAAAUAAUAAUAAUAAUAAUAAUAAUAAUAAUAAUAAUAAUAAUAAUUCAUGGAAUGAAUUGGAUGAUAAGGAGGAUGGAAAUGAAGUUAGAUUCAAUCAACAAUACAAUGGGCAUAUACAUAAGUUGAGGUCACCAAAAACACCUAGUUUUUUUUAUGGAUUGGAGAGAAGAAAUUCUCAGAAGAAUCAUCAAUCAGGGUAAGUAGCAGGAUUUGUGGAGGAGGUUGGAUCAUUGCAACUAUUUGUUGUUUCAUGGUUAUUUCUUUGUCUGCUUGAUGGGAAAGAGCUCAUGCAUUAUUUUGCCUGAGUGUUGAUGAAUUUGUGGAUAUUUAUUGGGAGAUUAUGAAGAUUGUAAUUGUGAGA